AUGUUGACACGCAACAAUAUCAAGUUUCUGGCCAUAGCUCGAGCCACGGACAAAGUCAUUGUGGCCUGCUACUUGCACUCUUCAGACAGCAUCUCAUCUCGCGAUCGUAAGGCAGACUUGACCUUGUUCAAAGAGAUGUUGAGCAAAGUCAUUCGAGCUCCGAUGUGGACGUCGCAAGUAGUACCCGACGGCCGCAACUCACUCGAAUGCGAUAGCAACAAGUUCCACUUUACAAUGACCAACGACGAGCUGGUGUUUGCAGCCAUCACUUGCAAGGAGUAUCCUGUACGCUUGGCAUUUCAGGUGAUCAAUGCAGUGCAACGGGUGGUUGUGUCCACCUAUGGCUCCAAGGCCUUGACUUGUGCAGAGAAUGAACUCGAUGGAGAUUGCACGCAGCCAUUCGCAGCAAUUGCUACCACGUACAACGACCUGAUAAAGCAGGACAAGUUAUCCGAGGUCCUGAGUCAAGUGCACGACGUCCAGACCAUCAUGUGCGACAGUAUCCACAUGGCACUGUCCAACACGGAAAAGCUCGAGGUCGUGGAGCAAAAGACGAACGACUUGACCGAGCAAGCCAAGGUCUUUUGCAACAGUAGCCGCAAAUUGCACCAUCACGUGUGGUGGAAACACUUCAAGCUCGUGCUGGUGCUUCUCUUCAUUGCGCUCCUCAUCCUCCUGCUUAUCCUCACGACGCUCGGCGUAUUCACCAAUCGUUCCAGCGCAGAAAACACACCCGCUCUUAACGCGACAACCUUCCGUCCGACUCAUCUAGACACGUACGCACACCUUCAGAAGAAACAACAACAACAACAACAACAACAAAAGUGA